CUACGUAAUAUGAAAGAAAUAAGCGAUCCUUAUGGUGCGAUUAACUUUGGUGAAUUUCGAAAAUAUAUGCAAAAUAAGCAAAACAAGCUAAAACGACAACAGCAAGAAAUUGAUCAAGCAAGUCAGGCAGCACAGAUCUUUGUAGGUCUGACAAUUCAUAUUAAUGGUUAUACAAAUCCACCUUCAAGUGAAUUACGUAAAAUGAUAUUACAGCAUGGAGGAGAUUAUCAGCAUUACUUAAAAAAGUUAAGUGUGACACACAUCAUUGCAACCAAUUUAACCAAUGCUAAAUUAAAAGAAUUUCGAUCUUACAAAGUGGUAAAGCCUGAAUGGAUUGUAGAAUCUGUGGCUGCUAAGCAACUUUUACCAUGGCAACCAUACCGACUUGUCCCACGAUCCACUAAUCAAAAAGAACUUGCAUUUCCUCAACAGACAGAAUUCAUCAAACAAUACUAUGAAUCCUCUCGUUUGCAUUAUCUCUCUACUUGGAAAUCCGAAGCAAAAGAUAUUGUGGAUAAAAUGCAUCAAAAAUACUCAUUGAAAAAUCCGACUGCACUGUGUCCUCGUCUAGUGAUGCAUGUGGAUUUUGAUUGUUUCUUUGCUUCUGUUGGGAUAAAAGAUCGACCUCAUCUUGUUCAUGUACCUGUGGCUGUAUCUCAUAGCAAAUCAGCCAGUGAGAAUUCUUCAAGCGAUGUUGCAUCCUGUAACUAUGUGGCUCGAUCUUUUGGUAUACAGAAUGGCAUGCCGAUUGGAACAGCCAAAUCACUUUGUCCAGAUCUUCAAGUGAUCCCCUAUGAAUUUGAGAAAUACAGAGCCAUUUCAGAACAAUUUUAUGAAAUCUUGUUUCCUUAUGCAGACGAAAUACAGGCUGUGAGUGUUGAUGAAGCAUUGUUAGAAAUAGGAUCGCAUGCUGGACAAGAAGAAGCAUUAGCCACUAAAAUACGCCAUGAAGUACAGCAAGCAACAGGAUGUUCUGUCUCUAUUGGCAUAGGUCCCAAUAUUUUAUUAGCCAGAAUGUCGACGAGAAAAGCAAAACCUGCUGGUCAGUUUAUUUGUACAGAACUUAAUAUGGACGAUGUCUUGUUGGACCAAGCCAUUACAGAUUUACCUGGUGUUGGUUAUGCAACACAAGAGAAACUAAAUGAGAUGCAUGUCAAAGUGAUACGUGAUUUAAGAAGCAUACCACUACACACACUGCAGUCUAAAUUAGGCACAAAAGUGGGGCGAACCUUGUACAACUUUUCGCGUGGCAUAGAUGACCGAUCCUUGAGCACAGGCCAACAAAGACGAUCUGUCAGUGCUGAAGUCAAUUGGGGAGUACGACUUAAAGACGAACAAGAGGAAAAGAUAUUUUUAGAAACGCUUUCAAAAGAAGUUUCAGACAGGCUUAAGAAAUACAGUGUGAAAGGAAAAACAAUCACGAUCAAGAUUCUCAAAAGAAAAAAAGACGCAGGCGAACCUAGAAAGCAUUUAGGACAUGGGAGUGUAGAUAGCUUUUCUAAAUCAUGUACGUCAGAUGAAUUCACAGACAGUGCAGACAUGAUUUUUAAACAAGUCUAUGGCAUGUUGAAGUCCUUUUGUUUUGAUUGUGUGGAUAUACGUGGCCUAGGCAUUCAUGUCACUAAACUGAAUAACCAACCAGAAGAGGUGUCCGAUCAAGGUAAACUUGUUUUCAAGCCAGCAGGCGAAUCAAGUACUCGACCUGAAAAAGAUGAAUUGCAAGUGGAUAUCGAUGUGUUUAAUGAGCUACCAGUGUCUGUUCAACAAGAACUGAAAUCAAAUCAUCAGUUGGUGUUCACAAACACAAACGAGCAAGACUCUAGUACACCUUUGCCUGAAUUACCUCCUUGGUCUAAGUUGGAUCCAAACUAUUUACUUGCAUUACCAGACACCAUGCGAGAACAAGUACUUCGAAUGUAUGGAAAUCAGGACAUAUCUAUGCAUGAACCUCCUGUAACUAAAAACCACACAAGAGGAACACUUACACAAUUACUUGAGAUUGAUUUACCUUUUGAUGUUGAUGUCUUGAAGGCAUUGCCUCAAGAUGUACACCAAGAAAUACUCGCUGAACAUCGUCAGUCCAAAAAGGCACAAAAGAAAACAGAAAAGGUGCCCACUGUACAACCUAUAGAACCUGAUGAAAUUAUUGCUUUUAACAAAGGGCCUGUAUUACAAGACAUGACAGACAUCAACGACAUUCGAAACUUGCUACAAGCUUGGGUCUCUUCAUUUGAAGAUGAGCCUGAACCUGAAGACGUCAUUACUGUAUCCAAUUACUUGAUUGAGCUUGUGCAUGCAUCAUCCUGA